AUAUUUGAUGAAUGGUGGCUGGUUCUUCAGGCGAGGCCGGAACCCGCGCGGGACUGAUGCGCAUGCUGGUCAGGUGUCAUUGGCUCUCUUGUUUAUUGCUCGCUCUGCUGGCCAGCCGCACUAUGGGAUGUAUCCAAAGCAUCGCGUGCAAGCCCCGUAUCAGACGGGAGAACAUCGUGGUGUACGAGGUUUCGGCUUCCAUCGACCAGUGCCCCACCGUCAUCGAGGAGAACUCGCCCAUCGUCCUUCGUUACAAGACGCCCUACUUCAGGGCUUCGGCGGGGGUGGUCAUGCCGCCCGUGCCCCGGAAUGAAACUUGGGUGGUGGGCUGGAUUCAGGCGUGCACGCAGAUGGAGUUCUACAACACCUACGGCGAUAUCGGCAUGUCCAGCUGGGAGCUACCGGAACUACGAGAGGGUCGCGUGAAAGCCAUCAGCGACUCGGACGGCGUCAGCUACCCGUGGUACGGCAACACCACCGAGACGGUGACCCUCACCGGUCCCACCUCCAAACCGUCCCGCCUGACGGUCAGCAUGAACGACAACUUCUACCCGAGCGUGACCUGGGCUGUCCCCAUCAGCAACAGCAACACGCCCAUGCUCACCCACAUCACCAGAGAUCAGAGCUUCAUCACCUGGCUGGUGGCCAUCAACUCCGUCACUAAGGAACGAAUCGUGCUACAAACGGUGCGGUGGCGAAUGCGGGUGGACAUCGGCGUGGAGCCCGACAUGCCGCUGGGAUCUCGGGCCUCCCUGGUAGGUCGACCUUAUCAGGAGCAGCCGCACAUCCUUAACUACCAGGAGCCCAUCCCUCCCAAUGCCCUGGGAAGGCCCAACGCCAACGACGCCCAAGUGCUCAUGUGGAGGCCGCGGCGAGGAGCGCCGCUUGUCGUCAUACCGCCAAAAUGAGAAAAUCUUUAGACUCCUCUUGCCAAAACACAAGACGAGGGUGACUGACGCCGAGUUGUCGUUUGACCCAGAGCUCCAAUUUUAGAACUUUGCCAUCAUUUUUACAAGAAACGAACUCUUUUUAGAGGUGUUUGACCCUUGACGACAAACUGCAUCCUUCAUCCUUAUGUAGAUCUUAUUGCAUGCCACGAGAGUGAGAAAAACCCUUACUGAAAAGAUUGACGAGUAGUGUUGCACUGAUAUCGAUACGGCAAUAAAAUGACGUCGUCGGUAUCGGGGAGUACUAUUAAAUAACGUCCUGACGCUGCUGCCCGGUACUUACUCUCCGAGAUGUAGUUUCCGACCGCGGGUUCCCCUGGCCACUAUUUGAAUGAAAAUCACGCGGUGUCCAAUCCUUCUGUUGGAAAUGUAAGAGUUUCUCACUAGUAAACGUCCGAUCCAUUUGAAGUGGGAGGACGUCUAGAACCGUCAAUGGCAGCCGGGGAGUAAAUGCAACAUGCUCUGACAUUGAUGAAAUAAUAUUUUAGAUAUAGGUUGAGAAUGAAGCUAGUUACUAUUUACGUUACGCCGGAGGGCGUAGGUUUUGCAUAGGGACGGUAGGGACAUAACGCUAGCAACUUUUUAGGAUGCUCAAAUUAUGCCCAAAUUGUCCCCACCAACUUUUAAGCAACCUUAUUUCAUUAUAUAAAGAGUUCAAAUACUGUAUAUAGGUAAUUUAGUUUGUCUUACCAUAUGUUUUAAGGAUAGAAUAGACCAUACCAUUAUUAAGUGAAUUAUUUUCAAUAUGUUCAGACUUACAUCUUUAUUCCUUUUUGCUUGCUGAAUGUGCCCGUCCAUUUCCCCCCCCCCCCAAAUGAACGUUUGGUUGGCUGAAGACUUGAAUCCCCCUGUCCCGCCACAAAGACACACACACAGACACUCACACAACCCCGACAGAUUCAUGUCGACAACAUGCACACCCUUCGGAGAGGAGGGAUUUAAAAAAAUUUUUUUUUUUUUUCCCGGCCAGCAGCAGCCACUGUACGUCAUGUAAAAAGAAGUCAAUGUUGUGGAGGUGGGGGAAACACCACUAAUUUUGCUACUGAAAGUCCGACCUGCAACCGUCAAAACUACUGCGGUCAGGCCAGCCUUCACAAGGAACAACGAAGUCAAGCUAGUCGUCCCUUAUUUGGAUCAUUGUUUGCAUUAGGUGCAUUACAGUAAUAUCGUCCCUACCAAUGUUGAAACCAAACCUACGCCCUUGGUUACGCCCCUACAACCACUGUUGUACUGUUGUACAAUGACAAAGUAGCUCUCGAAAACCCUCUCGCUUCAAAUGGACUGGGCGUCUCGCGCUGUCAAUGGCACUGAAAGAGUUAAGCCAUGACAGCAAUUACUUGACGCAUUAUCCAGCCAGUAUGCAGUCAUUGAUCGUAAUCAGUAUCGGUGCAACGCCACUGACGAGUCGUAUUUGUUUUGUAUUGGUUGCGACGUUUGUGAAUGCGCGGGAAUAAAGCGUGCGCGCGCGCGUGCAGGCUGCCGAUACCUCCUUGGUGCCAUGAAAGGCCUUCAGCACACUCAUUACCAGAGUUCAAGAAUGUAUUCAGAUGAUUUAUUAAUUAUUAGAUUAAGUCGCUAUGAAAGUCUGUUGGAGUUGAUAGCACAAUGCACAUGAUUUCAGUUCCAGAACCUAUUGAGGCUUUUUUUUUUCUUUUUUUUUUUUUAUGAUGCUUAGAACAAACAAGAGCAAUGGCGGAAGAGUGUUGAGAUUACAAAUUUAAAACAAAAAUAAUUGUUAUAUUUAUUACAUAUGAAAAAUGAAGCUAAACCUAUGAAAGUGUAUUGCUGCCACGCCACCAAAGUUCAGUAUUACAUUUUUGCAUGGUAGCUUCAUGUAAAAAUGUGAUCAUGUGAAAACAUGACAAAUGUGAUCUCUAUCAUGUAAAAACAUCAGAUAUUGAAAGUACUGCAGUGUUCUUAUUUUUACAUUUGAUGUUUUUACAUCAAAGGUAUCAUGUUUUGACAAGAUAAUGAUCACAUAUAUACAUUAUCACGUUUUUACAUAGAGUGUUAUGUAAAAGUAUCCGAACCUUUUGGAAUUUCUCACAAUUCUGGCUAAAAUCACCGUUAAAUGUGAUCUGAUCUUUGUCAAAAUAACACAGAUGAAAAAAAACAGUGUCUGCUUUAACUAAACCACCCAAACAUUUAUAGGUUUUCAUAUUUUAAUGUGGAUUGUAUGCAAACAAUGACAGCAGGGGGAGGGGGGGAUAAGUAAGUGAACCAUCACAUUUAAUAUUUUGUGCCCUCGCCCCCUUUGGCAGCAAUAACUUCAACCAGACGCUUCCUGUAGCUGCAGAUCCUUCUGGCACUUCGAUCAGGACUAAUCUUGGCCCAUUCUUCUCUACAAAACUGCUGUAGUUCAGUCAGAUUCCUGGGAUGAAUUGCUGUCUUUAGGUCAUGCCACAGCAUCUCAAUGGGGUUCAAGUCUGGACUUUGACUUGGCCACUCCAGAACGUGUAUUCUGUUUUUUGAAAGCAUUCUGAAGUUUAUUUACUUCUGUGUUUUGGAUCAUUGUCUUGUUGCAGCAUCCAUCGUCUUUUUAGCUUCAACUGUCUGACAGACGGCCUCAGGUUUUCCUGCAAAAGUUUGAAUGAAUUCAUUCUUCCAUUAAUGAUUGCAAGUUGUCCAGGCACUGAGGUAGCAAAACUGCCCCAAAUUAUGAUGCUCCCUCCAACAUGUUUCACGGUGGAGAUGAGGUGUUGAUGUUGGUGAGCUGUUCCAUUUUUCCUCCACACAUGACAUUGUGUAGUACUCCCCAAACAAUUCAACUUUGGUUUCAUCAGUCCACAAAAAGCUUUCCUGCAAAACUUUUGAACUCAUUUUUCCAUUAAUGAUUGCAAGUUGUCCAGGGCCUGAGGCAGCAAAUACAGCCCCAAAUCAUGAUGCUCCCUCCACCACGCUUCACGGUGGCCAUUAGGUGUUGAUGUUGGUGAGCUGUUCCAUUUUUCCUCCACACAUGAUGUUGUGUGUUACUCCCAAACAAUUCAGCUUUGUUUUCAUCCGUCCACAAAAUAACGUCUGUGCAGUGUCCAAGUGCCUUUUUGCGAACAUUAAACAACCAACAAUGUUUUUUUUUGUCGACAGCAGUGGCUUCCUUCGUGGAGUCCUCCCAUGAACAUCAUUCUUGGCCAUUGUUUUACAUCUAUAGUUGAUGUCGGCACAGAGAUAUUGGACUGUGCCAGUGAUUUCUGUAAGUCUUUAGCAGACACUCUAGGGUUCUCUCUGAGUAUUCUGCGCUGAACUCUUGGCAUCAUCUUUGGUGGACGGCCACUCCUUGGGAGAGAUGCAACCGUGCCAAACUCUCGCAGAUCUUCAGACAGCUGUUUUGAUUGAGCCAUGACGCACAUCAGACAAUGCUUCUCAUCAAGACCAUUCUUACCCGGUGUGUGUUUUAUAGGUGGUAGGGCAUCUUUAAACCACUUAUCAGUGAUUGGGCACACACCUGACUUAAAUUGUUUGGUAAAAAAUGCUUUCAAUUGCUCUUUAAGUCUCCUUAGGCAGAGAGUUCACUGACUUAUUUUUCCCCCUUCUGUCUCUGUUUUCAUGCUAUCCUCAUUAAAAUAUGAAAAGCUAUAAAUGUCUGGCUGAUUUUAGUUAAAGCAGACAGUUUUUACAUCCGUGUGAUUUUGACAAAGAUCAGAUGACAUUUGAUGGUGAUUUUAUGCAGAAAUGUGAGAAAUUCCAAAAAGGUUCAGAUACUUUUUCAUAUCGUUGUUAUACGCUUUCCCAUUUUUAAAUGAUAACGCGUUUUCCAUGUCUAUGAUCACGUUUUUACAACAUAGCAUCAUGUGAAAAUGUCGUUGUGAUGAUCAAUCAUGCAAAAAUGUGAUCCUGGAAUUCUAUAUUUACUUUUUUUUUUUUUUUUUUUUUCCGGGGGUGGCAGCAAUGCGAUUCUUUUUAUGGAGACAUUGUUGCAUACAUUGUAUAUAUAUUUCCAGGCAGACAAUCAGGGAAUCUGACUAUCCUCCUGUUACUUCAAAGUGGAAUUACUGUAAAGCAGACAUGUUUCGACAGUGAUAAAAAUCAUUGUUAAUGUACGCUACGGAGAUUGUGUAGCAGUUUGUUUGGUUUUUUUGGUGUGUGUGUGUGUGUGUGCGUGUGUUUCCCUGUGGAUAAUCAGCAACGAGAACCUUGGCGUGCCACGGUUCACGCUGAGCUCCGUCCACUGCUCAAACCAGUCACAUGGCUUCUUCUCCUCCAUCUGUGCUUCUCUCCAGGUUCAUGUCUCAUCUUCCCAUCUGCCUCCUUUUCUCUCUUGUCAGUCCACCUCAACACAAACAGGCGCUACCUCCGUUCCAACCCGCUUAUAUGCUUUGAAGGCCGCGACUAUGCAAAGGUGUCCGAGUGUAUAAACAAACAAAUCUGUCAAAUACGGUUUUCGCUUGUGUUUUUGUGGAAUUAAAAAAAAAAAAAAGGUUAUUCCAAACAUGUAAAUACUCCAAAGAUGCUCUGGCAGGUUUUCUUGAUGGAAUGCGCGGCGUGCUGUUGCUGCACAGCACCUCGUUGAGCAACAUAUGUCUGUUGCCAUGGCGAUCGCUUUUGGUUUGUCAGAGUGCAGCGGAACCACGCGAGCAUGUUCAAAGUCGGAGCGUGCCUGCGUCAGCACACACAUCCCUUUCCAUUUGAAGUAUCUAGAAAAAUUGGAAUUCAUUGGCGACGUCCUAUCCAUUUGAAAGGGAAGGGUUGUAUGCCAAUGAACCAACGUUCAUUGGCUGCCAGCCUACCCCUUCAAAUGAAUUGGACGUCUACUAGCGAUAAACUCACUGGCGGGGUAAAAGGAGGGUGCAUCUUGGCCAGAGGACACAAGAACAAAUUUGAUUUUUAACCUCAUUGGCUGCCAUUGACGGCGCUAGACGUUCAGUCCAUUUGGAAGUAGGAGGGUUGGCAAUAAAUGAACGUUCAUUCGCUGGUAGAUGUUGUUAAUGGCAGACAAUGAGUAAACUUGAAAUUAUGUAUUACAG